GCAUGGCUGUCAGUAUAAAUUUGAAGCUUGAACGAUGCGCUUCCUUUCGUCACGUUGGUUUUUUUUGUUUGUGCAAUUUAACGAAAAUGUUAUCGUGUGUGAUUUUGUGUGGCUUAUAAAAUGGAUCGAUUUAGGUGCUGUGACGUGAUAAUUGCCUUGUUACGCAAGGGCAAGUAAAUCAAAGAAAAAGAGGUUGGCGGCCACGACUACAGUAUGACGUCAAGACUAGACCGUCUGUUCGUGCUGCUGGAGGCGGGCGCGGGCGCGGCGACACGGCGCGCGGCUGCCCGUCAACUGGGCGAAGUGCAGAAGGCGCAUCCCGAAGAGCUGCAUCGGCUGCUCGGCCGCCUCAUGAAAUACUUACGCUCACCCGCAUGGGAGACGAGGAUAGCCGCUGCACAGGCAGUCGAAGCUAUACUCUCGAAUGUUCCAGAAUGGCAUCCCACGCAAUGCAACGUGAAAAAAGAGGAGAAGGUGGAGACGGAAGAGGUCGGUGUACUCCGAUGCGAGACGUUCGACAUCGAGCGUGUGUUGGAGAAAGGUGCACACCUUAUGGGCUCCGAGGGUCAUGAGUAUGACCUUGAAGAAGUGGCUCUCUCGGCUGGAGAUAUGAAGGAAAGGUUAGCUAAACAAAGACAACAACUCAACGCUCGACUCGGUCUCGACGUGGCGUCCAAACUGGGAGUGGACCUCACUUCAGUUUAUACCAAUGAAGAUCUCUGCCCUGUCAAGAUACAAGUCAAACCAGAGCCUCCAAGGAGGCCGGUACAAGAACUAGUACCAAUAGCAACAAAGCCGCUAAGUUCUCGUGAGAUGAAUGUAGCGAAGCGGAGAGCGCGCGCUGCAUACAGCAAACAGAAGUCGCGCGACUGCGACGAGGGACCUUCCGCCGCCUCUACCCAGCCUACACCUUCACUGUCACUUUCCCUGGAGCCAGACAGAAAGAAGAUUAAAUUGGAACCAGUUGAGGACUUUAUUGUGGACAGUGAGGCAGCAGUGCCGGAUGGUCUAGGCGUGUGGGGUCCGUCAGCUCGGUGGCCGCUGGAGGGUUGGUGCGCGGCGCUACAGGCGCAGCUGUUCCAUGGUGCGUGGGAGGCGCGACACGGCGCCGCCAGUGCGUUAAGGGAGCUGCUGCGUGCGCGCAUCAGUGCCAGCGCCGCCAGGCGACCCGCUACUACUGAACAACAGAUGGAGGACGCCCAUCAAGAAUGGCUAGAGGAUAUGGCAUUAAGAUUGCUCUGUGUCUUGGCUCUGGAUCGAUUUGGAGACUUUGUAUCGGACCAGGUGGUGGCGCCGGUGCGGGAGACGUGCGCGCAGACGCUGGGCGUGGCGCUGGCGCAGCUGCGGGAGGCGCGCGUGCGACUGGUGGCGGAGGCGCUGGCCACGCUGGCACGCCAGCGGCAGUGGGAGGCGAGGCAUGGGGCACUCCUCGCCUUCAAGUAUCUGCUCGCUGCUAGGCAGGAGGUGGCGUGUGCAGCGGGUGCGCUGGAGCACUUGGUGGCGGCGCUGGAGGACGUAGCUGAGGAUGUGGCUGGCGUGGCGGCAGGCGCGCUGGCCCCCGCGGCUGCCGCGCUGGCUUCCGCCCGCCCCCACGCCUUGCCGGCAGUCGCAGCCAGACUCUGGCAGCUGCUGAGGGACCAGGACGACCUUGCAGCGCCGGCUAACGCUUACAUGGCGUUACUGGCUGCACUCUGCGCAUUGCCACAAGCCGCUAAACAUUUGCACCCCAUCGAUUUAUCAGACGUAUUACCUCGCCUGUGGCCGUACCUCGACCACUCAACAAGUUCAGUUCGCAAGGCCACGCUACAGACAUUACGCACGCUGACACGACCUCUGGUGACCACUGAUGACACCAAGACAAAUGGUAACAGUGACACUAAAGUGGUAGACGUCAAAGUGAACGGCACAGACAAAGCAGACAGCGGGCUGUUGACCUGGACCCCGGAGUUGUUGCAAGAUGCCAUGAGACAUGUAUACCAAAGAGUACUGUUUGAACAUGUUCAUGAAAUACAAGAAGUCGCUUUGCAAGUAUGGGAUAACCUGUUGAAGCACGCAGCACUAGAGGUGAUUUUGGUAGCGGCGUGCCCCAUGCUGGCGACGUGGAUGUGCCUCGCCAUGCAGCCACCGAGGCUGCCGGUCGACCCCUCAUUGCUACUCUAUACUCCUCAUAAGGAGCGUCGGACACGAUCGACUUCUCUACAGUCAGAGCAAGUACCGCCCGAGGUGCGUCCCACACAGAAGUGGUUUAUCGGCGGCAGUGAAUCACAGCCCGCAGUAGCGCGCGACCGCAACGUUACCCGCGCUAGGUGCCUCGCAGCUGAUAUACUGGGACAUUUGUCAUGCUACCUUGUGCAACCGGCGCCCGGUAUAGAAUAUAAAUCAGAGAAUGAAAGCCCAAUACAUUGCUAUGUCAAGGUGAUGAUAGUGUACCUGCGGUCGGGCAGCGCGCUGCAGCGGCUGGUGGCGGGCCUGGUGGUGUCGGCGUGGGCAAAACACACCCGCAAGCACAACAUGUAUCCCCCACAAUUGCCACACAACGGUGUCAAUGGUGAUCAGGAUGGCAUUGAACAAAAGAAAGAUAUAUCAUCACUAGCACCGGAGUUACUGACGAGUACACUGCACGCGGCGCUCAACCAAGCUCUCUAUUACGACGAGGUGGCGUUGAACUGCAAUCGGAUAUUGCAAGAGGCUCGAGACCUGUUGGCUAUGAUGAAGCACUACAAGCUGGCAGUCGACGGCGAAGAGUUCAACAAUAUAUUGCGAUUAGAACAGGUGGUCCACAUGUGUAACGUGACGCAGCCGAUGGUGGCGGGACUGAAGCUGAAGCGAGUGUUGCAGACACUGGAGGAGCGCCGCGCCAGUCUGCUCACUGCUGCUAACCAGUGCGCACUCGACCAAGCCACCUUUAACGUCUCAGUGCAAGCGGCAUUAGCUGGAGCGUGUGCCAACAUGCACGCGCUGCCGGAGCGACUGAACCCCGUGGUGCGGCCACUGAUGGAGAGCAUCAAGAAAGAGGCCUCGGAAGAGCUGCAGACGCACUCCGCGGAAACACUUGCUGAAUUACUCACCCAGCUCGUAGACAGAGAUCCCUGCCCUAAUAAUAAAGUGCUGGUUAAUUUGAAGGCAUUUCUAAGAUGUGAUCCGGAGUUCACACCACGUAUAUCGCUUGAGGUGGUGGACGAGGCUGACUCCGGCAGCGGUGACAGCGGUUCCGAGACCAAGAAGGAAGUGCAAUCGACGAAUUCAACGCUGGACAAAUACAAAGGCAUAUUGACAUUGAGAGAACAGCAGCGCAAUGCAGAGCGGAGCGCGCCACGCCGCGGCCGCCCGCCCGCCGCCGCUACCAUUGCUGCUGCGGCCGCCACACACGACCUUACACUAGACACGCUCUUCCAGCAAGAGGAUGAAGCGCGUAAGCUUUUAAGGAUCCAGAGAAGAGGAGCAACUCUCGCACUGACAAGUCUCACCAGGCAUUUCGGUGACGAACUCCCAGAGAAGCUGCCCAAACUGUGGGAAUUCAUCACUGAACCUUUCGCCAAAGUUAUGAAUGAUGCAGAGUUAGUAGCGCAAGAGCCGGAGGCGGCGGAGGAGCUGAUAUCGCGGCUGCAGGUGGUGGAGGCGGUGGGCGCACGCGUGGGCGACGCGCUGUGGCCGCGGCUGCUGGGCGGCGCCCACGCCUGUGCAGCGCUCUGCCGCGCCCUCUAUACCGCGCUACGGCACAUGGCGGCGCGCGCCCUCGCUGCACUCGCAGUUAGAGACCCGCACGCGGUUAUGCACGAGCUAGUACACGAGCUGAUCGCUUCGCUAGACGACGUACGUAAUGAUCGCGUGCGGUGCGGCGCAGCGGAGACUCUCGCGCGGCUCGUGGACACGCUGCAGCUUCACGUCGUGCCAUACAUUGUGCUGCUCGUCGUACCACUACUAGGGCGUAUGAGCGAUCACUGCGAGGCGGUGCGCACAAUGUCCACGAGGUGCUUCGCGACACUGAUACAGUUAAUGCCGCUAGAUGGCGCGGUGCCUGAGCCCGCCGGCCUCAGUGCUGAGAUGCGCGCGCGCAGGCAGCGCGAUAAGGAUUUCCUAGAACAACUUUUCAAUCCAAAAUCUAUUAAGGAUUACAAGAUACCAGUACUAAUAUCUGCUGAAUUGAGAAGUUAUCAACAAGCGGGUGUGAACUGGCUGCGUUUUCUAUACGAGUACGGGUUACACGGAGUGCUGUGCGACGAUAUGGGGCUCGGCAAGACCAUACAGUCGAUAGUGGUGGUGGCCGGUUCGCACUGGGAGCGCGCCGAGCAGCGUCGCGACAAGCUGCCCUCGCUCGUCGUCUGCCCACCCACGCUCACCGGUCACUGGGUGUUCGAAGUGAACAAAUUCAUACGCAGCGAGUUUCUGCGGCCGCUACAGUACGUGGGCCCGCCAACAGAGCGCGAACGUCUGCGCGCACUCGCCCGCACUGACCAAUACAAUCUUAUCGUCGCCUCUUACGAUAUCGUUCGCAAAGACAUCGACUUCUUUAGUACUAUCAAGUGGAACUAUUGUAUUCUUGAUGAAGGUCAUGUUAUCAAGAAUGGAAAAACCAAAGCGUUCAAGGCAAUCAAACAAAUAGUUGCCAAUCACAGGCUCAUACUCUCCGGUACACCUAUACAGAACAACGUGCUUGAACUGUGGUCGCUAUUCGACUUCCUGAUGCCUGGUCUGCUAGGCACGGAGCGGCAGUUCACUGCGCGCUAUUCGCGGCCCAUCCUCGCCGCGCGCGACGCCAAGGCCACGCCGCACCAGCUGCAGGCCGGCGCCCUCGCAUGCGAAGCAUUGCACCGACAGGUUCUGCCGUUCCUAUUGCGCCGUGUGAAGGAGGACGUGUUACGCGAGUUACCGCCGAAGAUAACGCAGGAUUACUACUGCGAGCUGAGCCCGCUGCAACGCCGCUUGUACGAACACUUCGCGCGCGACCACGCCCCUCAGCACGCGCUCGGGCACUCGCAGACACACGUCUUCCAGGCGCUGCACUACCUGCAGAACGUGUGCAACCACCCCAAGUUGGUGCUGACACCAGAGCACCCGGAGGCGGCGCGCAUCGCAACCGAGCUCGCCGCGCAACGCUCCUCCCUCGACGAUAUAAACCACUCCGCCAAGCUGCCCGCGCUCAAACAACUGCUACUGGACUGCGGCAUCGGCACGGGUGCCUCGGACGCAGAAAACAGCGCGGUGGUGUCGCAGCACCGCGCUCUUGUGUUCUGUCAAUUGAAGAAGAUGUUGGAUAUCGUGGAGCAGGAUCUAUUGCGCGCGCACCUGCCCACCGUCACUCAUCUACGUCUCGACGGCAGCGUGCCCCCGCACCAGCGGCACGCCAUCGUCACAAGAUUUAAUACUGAUGUCUCUAUUGAUCUAUUGCUACUCACCACUGCUGUGGGCGGUCUCGGUUUGAAUCUAACUGGUGCGGACACGGUUAUCUUCGUGGAGCAUGACUGGAACCCGAUGAAGGAUCUGCAGGCGAUGGACCGUGCUCACCGUAUCGGUCAACGCAAGGUCGUCAAUGUCUACCGUCUUAUCACACGGAACACGCUCGAGGAGAAGAUCAUGGGAUUGCAGAAAUUUAAAACGAUGACAGCCAAUACGGUAAUUAGCAGUGAAAAUGCAGCCAUGGAAACCAUGGGUACUGAGCAGCUGCUAGACUUGUUCCAGUUGUCGGAGCAGCAGCGACCGCAGCCCGCGCCGCCCGCCUCCGCACUGGACGCUCUGCCCGACCUAUGGGACGACAAGUUGUACGAAGAGGAAUACGAUAUGACCAACUUUAUUAAGAGCUUGAAUAAUAUUAAGAGUUAAAUUAUUCCUUUUCCCAAACAAAUAUUUUUAAACAAAAAAUGGCGUAGAAAAAAUAUUUUCUCACAUUACCCUAUCAUUUAUUAUCCACAUUUUACUCAUUGACUUCACUUUAUUACAAAAAAUUACUUACAUUUAAAAUAUUUCCA